CAUUGUUUGUGUAAAUUACCAGUACCAAAACAAUUGGGUUGCUAUUAUUGAGAGGAAGGCAAGCAGAGAACCACUGCGAGUCAAUGGGCAUACACUUGAUAGGAAUACCAGUGGCCUUCUCAAUUCUGGCGAUGAGAUCAUCUUCGGUCAAUGGGGAAAAUAUGCCUAUAUUUUUCAGCAACUGUUGUUUUCACCUCCAAAUGUUGGCAGUAGCAAUGCUGCUGAUGUUGGAUCGUCUAGCCAGAUCCUCCCUCUUGAUGGGAACCUGGACUCUGGCAUAAAGGAAGGCAAGAUGUUGGAGGAAAGAAGGUUGACUGAGGAAUCAAUACAUGCUUCAACAUCAUCAGGGAUGUCUUCAAUACCUUCUGUAUUUAGGGAACAAAUUCAGGCUAAAAUCAUUGAUGGAAAAGAUAUAGAAGUUUCAUUUGAUGACUUCCCUUAUUACUUAAGUGAGACCACAAAAGCUAUGCUGAUUGCUGAUACAUAUAUACACCUUAAGCAUAGAGAGCAACUUAAAUAUGUCUCUGAGCUUCCUGCAGUCAACUCAAGAAUUUUGCUUUCUGGUCCAGCAGGGUCUGAAAUAUAUCAGGAGAUGCUGGUGAAGGCACUUGCUCGUUAUUAUGGAGCUAAAUUGCUCAUUUUUGAUAGCGAUGCUUUUUUGGGUGGGAUAUCUGUGAAGGAAGCUGAGCCAAUGAAAGAGGCAUGUAGUGCACACAAAUCCUCUUUAUCCGGGGCAUCAAAUGUAUUUAGGACAGGUGAUAGAGUCAAGUAUAUUGGCUCUGCUUCUGGUGCACUGCACUUGAGUCCCAUCUGGGGCAUAAAAGUUGGGUCUACAGGGAGGGUUGUAUUGUCUUUCAACGAUAAUCUAUUCGCAAAAGUUGGUGUAAGAUUUGAUAACCCCUUCAUAUAUGGCAUCGACUUAGGUGGUCUUUGUGAUGAUUCUCAUGGAUACUUCUGCAAAGUUUUACUUCCAAUUGAGCUGUGCUUAGACGCCACUGCUGUAGAUGCUCCGGACAAGUUACUCGCUAAUACAUUGUUUGAGGUUGUAUUCGAUGAGAGCCGGAAGUCGCCAUUCAUUUUGUUCGUGAAAGAUGCUGACAAAGUAAUGGCAGGAAACUCAGAAUUAUAUUCAACAUUUAAAAGUCGGCUUGAGAAGCUUCCUGAUAAUGUAAUUACUAUUGGUUCACACGCUCAUACAGAUAAUCAUAAGGAGAAGUCGCAUCCUGGAGGAUUGCUUUUGAGCAAAUUCGACAGCAGUACAGCUGGUUUGCUUGAUCUGGCAUUCCUGGAUAGUCCUGAGAAGACACAUGACAAGGGGAAAGAGGUUGCAAAGAAUUCGAAAUUUCUGACAGAAUUUUUCCCAAAUAUAGUGGCUAUUCACAUGCCGCAGGAUGAAGCACUUUUAUCUAUUUGGAAACAACAAUUGGAUAAAGACGCCAAUAUCCUCAAAAUGAAAGAAAAUUUUAAUAGCUUACAAACAGUUCUGAGUCGGAAUGGAUUGGAAUGUAAUGGACUUGAGACAUUGUGCAUCAAAGACCGGAAUUUCUCUGUUGAAAGUGCAGAGAAGGUUGUUGGAUGGGCGUUGAGCCAUCACUUGAUGCAGAACACUCAAGUGGAUCCUGACAUGACACUUGUUUUAUCUCCUGAGAGCAUUCAGUAUGGGUUGGAAGUUUUACAAGCUAAGCAAAAUGACACCAAGAGCUUGAAAAAGUCACUUAAGGAUGUUGCGACAGAAAAUGAAUUUGAGAACAGGAUUCUGGAUGAUGUUAUCCUGCCCAGUGAUAUUGGGGUGACAUUUGAUGAUAUUGGUGCACUUGAAAAUGUCAAGGAUACAUUAAAAGAGCUGGUCAUGCUUCCCUUACAAAGACCUGAACUUUUCUGCAAGAGUCAACUAACCAAGCCAUGCAAGGGAAUACUUUUGUUUGGUCCUCCUGGAACUGGGAAAACCAUGCUGGCAAAAGCUGUUGCCACCGAAGCGGGUGCAAAUUUUAUCAAUAUUUCAAUGUCAAGUAUCACUUCAAAGUUGUUUGGUGAGGGUGAGAAAUAUGUAAAAGCUGUCUUCUCGCUGGCUAGUAAAAUUGCUCCCUGUGUUGUUUUUGUUGAUGAAGUUGAUAGUUUGCUGGGACGAAGGGAAAAUUCAGGAGAACAUGAGGCGAUGCGCAAAAUAAAAAAUGAAUUCAUGGUGAAUUGGGAUGGGUUGCGCACAAAGGAUUCUGAACGAGUUAUGAUACUUGCAGCAACAAACAGGCCAUUUGACCUUGAUGAGGCUGUGAUAAGGCGACUGCCCCGUAGGUUGAUGGUCAAUUUACCAGAUGCUUCAAACAGAGCAAAAAUUCUCAAAGUGAUACUCGCAAAAGAAGACUUGGCUCAGGAUGUUGAUCUGGAUUCAGUUGCAAGUAUGACAAAUGGAUAUUCAGGAAGUGACCUUAAGAAUCUCUGUGUAACAGCUGCAUAUCGACCCAUCAGAGAGAUCGUAGAAAAGGAAAAGAAGGAACAUGCUGCCGCUAGUGCAGAUGGUCGACCACCUCCAGCACCAUACAGCAGUGCAGACAUACGACCACUGAAUAUGGACGACUUGAGAUAUUCUCAUCAGCAGGUUUGCACAAGUGUUUCAUCUGAAUCCGAUAAUAUGACUAAGCUUCUUGAGUGGAAUGAUCUGUAUGGAGAAGGGGGAUCUCGAAAGAAGCAGUCCUUUAGUUACAUCAUGUAAAGACUGUCUGUGUGUGUAGAUGUUUAUCUUCCUCCGAUUUUGAUUACCUCUGGGGCCAGGUCAGUUGCCUGCCCUUUUGGGUUCCUGUGAACCUUGGCCCUUUGUACAAUGAGUUUUGACAUGUUACAAUGGUGGAGUAGACUUAUAAAAAUAGUUAGUUUAUCUGCCUUCGUUUUGCUCACAACUUGCAGAGGGUGUUCAGUUCCUGUCAUAAAGGUU